UUGAUUUCUUCCAAGUAAAAAGAACAACGACAAAUUAAAGCCCCAAAAUCAUUUUUAUGCUGCCAUUGAAAAUGGCCGCCAUUAACAGCUGCAAAAUUCCUUCCUUUGGCUGUUCUCCACGAAGCAACAUCAAAAUCGAAACGCCAAUUCCUUCACUUUCAUGUUCACAGUUCUUCGGAAACAAUCUUGCUCGUAGUUGUGGAGCAUAUAAACUCCCCAGGUUGAGGGCUUCUUGCCAACGAAACAAGACAGUGCAAUGUUUAAGGGCGCCAAGGGUUUCAUGUGUGUCGGAAGGUAGUCCUGAGGAAUUCGGAGAGUCCCAGAAGGAGGCUGCCAUUGAUCUGAAACUCCCAAGGAGAAGUUUAUUGGUAACUUUUACAUGUGAUGCUUGUAGUGCUCGAUCACAGAGGCUGAUAAAUAGAUUGGCCUAUGAACGCGGGCUUGUUUACGUGCAGUGUUCAGGAUGUUCUCGAUAUCACAAGCUAGUCGACAAUCUCGGUCUUGUAGCUGAAUACAAGCUCCACGAUGAAAUUGAUCAGGAUGCAAGUACUGAUCAUACCUAGAGAGAUCCAUUUUCUCCUCUUUUUUUUUUUUUAUUUAAAUUUCCACAGUUCAGUUUCAUUCUGGGUUGAUGAUGACAAAGAAAACAAUUUCAUUAUAUUCAUGUAGUGAUGAAUGAUAACACAAUCAAUCUUCAGAGGUACAAAAAGAAUGAAAAAUAUUAUUAUGUGGUUUUACAAAUGCACUGAUGCUCUGAUCCUCGUCUGUAUGCCAAUACACCUUUUCUCUCAUUUUGCCAAAAACUUAUGCGCAGAAAAAAAUCUUAGGCGCAAAAACUACUGACGGCCAAAAACGUAGCCAAUGCAAUUCCAACAGUAACCCUCAUGCUAGUUCUUCUCGAUACGCCUCCGUUCUGAUUAAAAGUUGGGGAAGGUGCGAAUGCUGUGUCAUCGUCGGAAUCUUGAACGGUAGGUGGGGCCGGAGGGCUAUGGAUGAUCAAUGCCGGUGCCGGUGCCGGAGAGUGAUGAUGUUUGUGUUUAUGGUGUCUCUUCUUGUGUUUGGCGGGCUCCGGUGAUGGUGCCGGGACAAAAUCCGGCACCGGAGCUGAGACGGGUGGCGGUGGAAGUGGCGGUGGGGUGGCCGGUGGCUGAG